GCUGAUGUCCCAUUUGUUACUUUAACCUCCCUUCUUUUCUACGUUGUGUGACUGCAAUGGCAACAGGAGGGCGCGACGAUUCCCGUGGUAUAAAUGUCAUUUUAAAAAAUGGCACAGCUGUACCAAAUAGAAUAUUCGUAGGUGGAAUCUCUGGAAAUACUAACGAAGAUGAUCUCAAGAACCUAUUUUCCAAGUUUGGUAACGUUAAGGCAACAAAAGUAAUUAUCGAUAAAGCUGGAAUAUCUAAAGGGUAUGGCUUCGUAACUUUUGAAACUGAAGAGGAAGCCCAAAAGGUCCUUAUUGAGGUUGACUGCUUGACACUUAAAGACAGGAAACUGAAUAUAGCGCCAGCUGUUAAAAAACAGCCCUACAAUCGAAUUUCUGAAUCUAAUUCAAUGCAUAAUAAUCCUAUUGUGUGGCCGGCUCCGACAUAUUCAGGGUCAACUGGAUAUCCUAGAGAAUCUGUACUUUAUCCACAGCCUACCUGGCCGUUCGUGUGGCCUCAGCAUUUCUACUUGCAACAGCAGUGUCAUUACCCUCCUGCACAAACUGGUUAUCCUCAGUAUAUGUAUCCUGUCGCACCUGAAUAUCCUUUCGCAACAUUGGGUCAAGUUUCAGCAACUGAUUUUUCAGAAACUUCGUCUGCUGAUAGCGGGGAGAGUGGAAAGAACCGUUCGAAACCGAUAACUUCAACUCCUGUUUCAUCGGAUUAUGAACGUAAUCGCAUUUCUCAAGUGAAAACUCCCAAUACACAGAAUACAGCAGCUCAACGGUAUCCCAAUGGAAACAUGGAGACUCCUUACGUUCAUACCAACCCCUUCCACCAUAUUCACCAUCCCGUUCUGGCAAAGACUGUAAAUGGUGUGGCAAUCAUGGCCUAUCCUAGUUCUUUCCUUAUGAGUAGUCCAGCAAUUGUUCAUCUGAAAGACGGUCCCAGUGAAUCUGAUAAUGUAUUGGCAGAGCUUGGAUUUAUUCAUUCUCCUAUUUCUUCUGGAGCACUAACUCCUCCUCCAACACCUUUAGCUUCUAUGCCUUGCGAUUUCAAUGCAAAUACUAGUAUGGAUUUAAUGAGAAAGAACUGAAGUCAAAAAUCUGUUUGAGACGCCUUGAAUGUGCCUUUAACACCGCGUCUUUAAAUAACUUAAAUGUGUGCGUCUAACUCGAGAUAGUUGCUCAGUCCCUUAAACGCAUAAUCUAAAUCCCAUACAGUUGUGUAUGAUCCACAACUCGCUCGUUUUAUUUGCUCGCUUUUACAUCUGUUUAAAAUGUGUCAAUUGUUGCACUGAUAACCACGUAUAUCUAAAUGCACUGGCCUAUCAAAUGUGUAACUAUGCUUUUAGUUAGAACUUGUCAACAAUUAAUUUGACUCAGGCUAAUUUUAUAAAACUGGUUCAGCACUACUCAUAAUUUUAUGAUCCAUUUGCUAUACUCGAAGUUUUAUGUAUAUGGAGUGUAUAAAAUGUCAAUAUGUCUGAAUAAUGGUUACUAACUCCCUUCCCCCAAAGACUUGAAUUUAUGGUCAGCUAAGCGAUGUCUUUAUCUGAAUUUUAACAUUUUACCACCCCUCCAGUCUUUUAAUACUCUCAAAUGUCUUGUGACCUGACAUUUUCUAAUAAACUAUUGUGGGCAGAGCUUUCUCUCGUUUUGUGUACUUGUAUUUGAAAUAUCUCAAUAAAAUUGAUAAGAAGUGCUUAGUUA